UGUACUGAAUUCUAAUUCUGCCUGGAGUUGGGAGAAAAUGGAGUCUUCAUGAUAUUUACUCGGGCCUACAGUUAAGAUAAAGUUCGAUACAUUAUCGUAUGUUUUGUGCAACAAAUGAUUGGAUUUAAAGUUUUCCGAAAAGUACUUGGUUGGAAUCUUUAUCGGAUUAAAGCUGAAUGAUACUUCUAUCACAUGAUAAAGCCUCGGAUUUCUUCCAACGCGACCAGCUUUCGUCCAGAGGAAGACUGCUGGGACUGAAAUUCUCCCUACAUUGGAAUGUCGGGCUGCUCCAGGCUGUGGAGUUCCGUUCCUUCCAGGGCUAAGUUGAGAAGGCCUCACGCUCUUUCACUCUCGAAAUGUUAAAACUAAUCACAACCUCGACAAGAAAACCCACGAAGUGAUCAAUAUGGUGCAGAAAGGAGCCCGAGUGGUUUGGGCCAAGGGCAUCCUUGUGACCGCUCACAUGACUUGGAAUAAGGAGGAAUGUGACCCCUAAAACACACAACAUGGAACGCCAGUUGGAAUCCUAUCAGUAGGAGCCAGCCACACAGAGACCAAAAAAACCUAGACCAAGAGAAAUAGAGGAGGAAUCUCAAUCUCUCUACAGAUCUCUCCUACAGGAGGGCCUAAUCUAUUUAGGUCACAGAGUUCCAGAGCAAGUUUACGAGUGUGUGUGUGUCAGUUGUGGGUGUCUGUUUGGGUGUGAGUUCCUUAGGCUAGAUACUAAAACAGCGGAGUGUCAUGAGGCCUAAGACGUUCCCCGCUGCUCCGUACGUGGGCAACACGCGCCAGCGCCUCCAGGAGAUCAAGGAGGGGCUGAAGCAGCCAGCCAAGCUGGUGAGCCAGGCCCUCCAUGGGGGCAGCUCCCGGGGUGAGGUGGGCCGCGGGACCGAAAGCAAGGGCAAAGACCCCGGCAGUCGCCAGCAGCAGCUCCGGCCCCCUCAGAAGUUCAACAACUACCAGAACGCUCUGAGAGAGAUCCGCAAGUCCCUCAUGCCCUUUGCCAAUGAGUCUGGCCCCUCCUCUGGCUCCGCCCACCCUGCUGGAGACGUCAACCGACAGAUGCUGCAGGAGUUGGUCAACGCUGGCUGUGACCAGGAAAUGGCGGUGCGGGCUCUGAAGCAGACGGGCAGCAGAAACAUUGAGGCUGCUCUGGAGUACAUCAGUAAGAUGGGAUACCUGGACCCCCGCAAUGAACUCAUCGUCCGGGUCAUCAAACAGACCUCACCAGGCAAAGGGGGUAUGCCAAACUCAAUGGACCACAGACCACCAUUAGAGGGAACAAGUGAGGGCGCCAUGCCUCCCUACCACCAGAUGGGGGCACCGAUGUAUGAUGGUGCUGGUUAUGGACCAGAGGGCGCCUACAUGGGUGCCCCCUACAUGGGUGCCCCCAUGGGACGCCCUCCCAGCAUGGGAGCCUACGCUCCAGCCAUGGCCGCCUACCCUCCAACCAAUCCAGGGAACCCCAUGUACACCCCAGGCACCCCGCAGAAGGCCUACCCAGGCAGCAUGGAGCAGGCCAUGAUGGGCUACAGCGUCCCCGGCCAGCCCCAGGCACCAGGAGGCCCCGUCCCCGGACCCCACUACGACUAUGGCCAUGUCCGGCCUCACAUGAUGGAGCCCUCAGGCUACGGCGUGCAGAGGAGUGCCUCCUUCCAGAACAAGAUGCCGCCGCUGGCACCUGACAACUACGUCAACAUACAGGGGAAAGGGGCCAUGGGACAGAACGGGGGAGGGUACCCCCCUAACAUGUACCUGCCUCCCCACCCCCAGCAGUCCAGCCCCACCUCACACCAGGUCCACAUGAUGUCCCGCUCACCCGGUGGGGUUGCCGCCGCCAUGGGGCCAGACUUCUCUGACCUCCCUCAGGGCCUGCUCACACCCUCUAGAGCCAGCCUUAACCUGGACCUGUACGAGCAGCACCAGCACCACUGGGCCGGUCCCCAGGGUUCUGAGGGGGCCCCUCCAGCUAGGCAGCCCCAGCCUCAGGGGCCCUUCCGGGGAGAGGUGCGGGUCCCCAGCAGGACCAACUCCUUCAACAACCGUUCAGCGCCCCCGAACAACAUCCGACCCUCCCUGGUCGCUCCUGGCAAGCAGGACCCGUCCCUGGGACCACCCAACACCAUCACGGCGGUGACUUCGCCCCCCAUCCAGCAGCCGGUGAAGAGCAUCCGGGUGAUGAGGCCCGAGCCGAAGACUGCUGUGGGGCCAUGUCACCCUGGCUGGUUGGCUGCCCAGGCUGCUCAGGAAGCAUCUGAGCCCCUUGCCUACAUGCCUGAAGAGGCCUACGCUCUGGAGCCUGCCCAGGAGCCCCGCUGUCCACCACCUCCCUACCCCAAAACCCUGCUCGUGUCUGGGGCUGCUUCAGAGGCAGGGCCCCUGGAGGGACCAGGAGGAGCUAUGUGUGGAGCCCCAGACCUCAACACCCCUGCUAGACCACAUGGUGGUAGUGGAGGAGGAGGAGGAAAGGAGAGCCAGGUGAAAGAGAAGACCAAGUCUGGGAAAGGAGAGAAGACCGUGAAAAACAAGAAGCAGAUCCAGACAUCGCCGGUGCCGGUGAGGAAGAACGGGCGUGAUCAGGAGAAGAGGGAGUCGCGCAUUAAAAGCUACUCGCCCUUCGCCUUCAAGUUCUACAUGGAGCAGCAUGUGGAGAAUGUGAUGAAGACUCACCAGCAGAAACUGAACCGCAGGCUGCAGCUAGAGCAGGAGAUGUCCAAGGCUGGCCUAUCAGAGGCGGAGCAGGAGCAGAUGAGGAAGAUGCUUAACCAGAAGGAGUCCAACUAUAACCGGCUGCGCCGUGCCAAGAUGGACAAGGCCAUGUUUAUCAAGAUCAAGACGCUGGGCAUCGGGGCCUUCGGUGAGGUGUGCCUGACCCGCAAGGUGGACACGGGAGCCCUGUACGCCAUGAAGACGCUGCGCAAGAAGGACGUGCUCAACCGCAACCAGGUGGCCCACGUCAAGGCUGAGCGUGACAUCCUGGCAGAGGCAGACAACGAGUGGGUAGUGCGUCUGUACUACUCGUUCCAGGACCGUGACAGCCUCUACUUCGUCAUGGACUACAUCCCCGGAGGAGACAUGAUGAGCCUGCUGAUCCGCAUGGGCGUCUUCCCCGAGCCACUGGCAUGCUUCUACGUGGCUGAGCUGACCCUGGCCAUCGAGAGUGUCCACAAGAUGGGCUUCAUCCACCGUGACAUCAAGCCGGACAACAUCCUCAUUGACCUGGACGGACACAUCAAGUUGACCGACUUUGGCCUCUGCACCGGCUUCCGCUGGACGCACAACUCCAAGUACUAUCAGAAAGGGAGCCACAUCAGGCAGGACAGCAUGGAGCCCAGUGACUUCUGGGACGACGUGUCCAACUGUCGUUGUGGUGACCGGCUGCAGACCCUAGAGCAGCGGGCGACACGGCAACAUCAGCGCUGCCUGGCACACUCCCUGGUGGGCACGCCCAACUACAUCGCCCCUGAGGUGCUGCUACGCAAAGGGUACACCCAGCUGUGUGACUGGUGGAGUGUGGGUGUGAUCCUCUUUGAGAUGCUGGUGGGACAGCCACCCUUCCUGGCCCCAACACCCACCGAGACACAGAUAAAGGUGAUAAACUGGGAGAGCACGCUGCAGGUGCCCCCGCGGAUCAAGCUCAGCCCCGAGGCUGUCGACAUCAUCGGCCGUCUCUGCUGCUCCCCAGAGGAACGUCUUGGGAGCAACGGCGCUGGCGAGAUCAAAACUCAUCCCUUCUUCGACCAGAUGGAUUUCUCCAGCAACCUGCGCACCCAGCCCGCCCCCUACCGGCCCAAGAUUGCCCACCCCAUGGACACUUCCAACUUCGACCCGGUGGAGGAGGAAGGGAGUCCCGGGGCGUGGAGUGACAGCGGGGACAGCACCCGGGCCUGGGAGACCCUCUGCACCCCACACGGGAAACACCCGGAGCACGCCUUCUACGAGUUCACCUUCCGCAGGUUCUUUGACGACAACGGCUGCCCCUUCCGCUACCCCAAGCCCCCUGAGACCAGCCACAGUCAGGGGCCUCCCAGCAGCAGCGGAGCCAGCAGCAUGGGCCCUGAGGAGGAAGAGGAGGAGGAGGAGGAAGAGCAGGGCGAGGGUUGUGAGCCUGUGUAUGUGUAGAAGAGCCCAGACUGUUGGCUUUCUAAACCAUGCCCCCUCUCUCUCUCUCCACCAAUCGGCACUCAGCACCUGGGGCCCUGGCUGCCAACCUCCCAUCUACCACUGUUCUUCUUAGAAGUGUGAAUGUGUGUUCAUGUGUGUGUGUGCGUGCCUCUGUAUAUGUGGAUUUGAGAGACUGAGAGCGAGUGAGAUAUUGAGAACAGGACGGCCUGACAUCUGUUCAACAAUUCAGCCACUACUGUGUGGAAUCUACAGCGUGAGCAGAGACUACAAUAAGAACCCCUGAUCUGGGACAACGAAACAACUAACUGUACAAGGGCUAGGCAUGGGAUACUGAUGCCUGAGGGCUGUUGUGAAAAAAUACUAUUCAGAACAGGAACAGAUAGGUAUUCUAUGGUAAUUAAAAGGCUCCAAUGCGCUGUGGAGGUUUACAAAAGUGUUCAGAUAAGAGUUUGACGCUGGGACCGUGACCUUGCGUGGUCGUAGUGCUCUAUCCCAUUCCUUCUGCCCUGGGUAUUACAGAGAUCACUUCUUCCAGGUUGACCUUACCCCAGGAAGUUAACACAAACACGUCUUGUUUCACAGGUUGCUUGUCUCUUCCUUUCUGAGACGUAGGGACUAGAACCAGCGUGUGCUUCGGACACUGAGCUGGACUUUAGGUUGGACUGGACUGAAUUAACUGGUGAUCGAGGGGAAGAAUCAAAACACAACACUUCUCACACAGCAGUGACAAAAUAAGCUACCAAAAUACACAUACACAUGCGCACAUUCACACUUUGCAGGAUGGUUGUACUACACAAUCUAGGAGGAAGCAAUGGGGUUGUCCUCUGCAGCUAACCACCCUAAGUCCUCUAAAACCACAGGGUUAUCUUAAGCAUUGCUAUCAAUGUUGUUUGGAUGUUUUUCAAAGGUAGAGGGUCUGACAUGGCAGUCUAGAGAUUCCCCCAUGGUUAAUUAGCUGUGUGUCUCCUACAUUCAGCUUCACACUGUUUUUUCUCUCCAUAUAGGUGAUGUGGGAUGCCGCCAUCUUGUGGUUAGAGACAUUUUAAAAAGUAUUUUGUAGUGAUCCAAUUUACAUUUUAAUCACUUAGCAGACACUCUUAUCC